AACAAAUUUCCGAAAAGUGUUGCAGAAAAGAAGGAAGAAGAAGAAGAGAAAGCAAGCUUUGUAGAGAGAGAGAACAAUGGCUGAUAACCUCUUUGAGGGUCUGCCUCCACCUUCUGCAAACCCUCCUCCUUCUACCGAGCAACAAGAACCGCAACUCUACUCAAAACCGGCUGUUGUUGAGUGCAACGCUCCGAUUCCAGUCCUCAAAAGCGCCCUCAAGCGUCCCAAGCCCAUCGAAUCAAACCCAGAAGCUGCAGCCACCGAGAAGAAGUUAAGGUUUAAAACCUCUACAGAUGCCUCGGAGAAACAAGUAAUAGAGGCUAUGCAAAAGAUAGCUUCGCAUAUAAAGACUCCUGCAAAGUUUGGUAAGGCUUCAAAGCUUGCAAUACAGCUGAUUCAAGCAGGCAGUGUCAAGCCAGAAACCAGUGAUCACUUCUUUGCCGUACUUGAGGCUGCAAUGUCAUCAACUACUUCUUGUACCGAUGCUUCGGUUCGGGCGGAUUAUCAUGCAUUGUUUUCGGCUGCAAAUGACGUCUCUGAAUGCCUAAAUAAGAAGCAAAAAAACCAAUUAACUACGUGGACAAUAAUGGCAGUGGUGGCAAAUGAUUUAUUCACUGAUGACAGUUUUGUGUUUUCUAAAGCAGCUGUACGGAUAAAGGAAAUCAUAUCUAAUCUUCCAAUUGCAACUGAAGAUGAUGACAUAGAGGAAGCUGCUGCCCUGAAAGAUGAAACAGAAACAGCAAAUGAGGAUGGUGAAAUAAAGCCAGAGAAGACACCAGUUGAAGAAACCAACAAAGAAGAGUCUGAUCCGUUUGGGCUUGAUGCUCUUAUUCCCAGCACAGCAAAGAAAGGAGAGAAAUCAAAGGGGAAGAAAGAUGCAACAACAAAGAUCAAAGAUGAAGAACAGACGAAGAGAUUCCUUAAGUCCCAGAGAGUAGCCUUGAUUACUUGUUUAGAGAUUGCAGCUCGUCGUUAUAAAAUUCCAUGGUGCCAAACAGUCAUAGACAUCUUGGUUAAGCAUGCCUUUGAUAACGUAUCAAGGUUUACAUCUCGACAAAGGGAUGCCAUUGAGAAACUUUGGGCAUCCAUACGAGAACAACAUGCACGUAGAAAGCAAGGGAAAUCAGUUAAUGGGAAACUUGAUGUAAAUGGUUUUGAAUGGCUGCAGCAAAAGUAUGCUGGUGAAAAGAUCAGUAUACGGCGUGCAGUUGGUGGAAGUGGAGCUCGUCGUGCUCAGCAGUGGCUUGGUUAAAAUUAAGUUUUUUCAUAGAUGGCAGACCAUUCUUAGACAGAGAGAUAGUAAAACUGUAACUGUUGUUUAAGAAUAUGUGAUUGCAUUGUAAAAUGACCUGUAGCAUAGAACUUAUCACAUCAUUGCUUAUUGACAUGUAAACUUUGUACUUCUUUUCACAAAAGGAAAUCACAAAGCGUGUGGCUGGAAUUUAGCCUUGAA